AUGGCCGAGACCGGCAAGCUCCAGCUGUUUGUCAAGGCGAGCGAGGACGGCGAGAGCGUGGGGCACUGCCCUUCCUGCCAGCGGCUUUUCAUGAUCCUGCUCCUCAAGGGCGUGCCCUUCACGCUCACCACCGUGGAUGUUCGGAGGUCCGCGGACGUGCUGAAGGACUUCGCCCCGGGCUCGCAGCUGCCCAUCUUGCUCUACGACGGCGACGCCAAGACGGACACGUUGCAGAUCGAGGAAUUUCUGGAGGAGACGCUGGGGCCGCCUGACUUCCCCAGUCUGGCGCCCCGCUGCCCGGAGUCCAGUACAGCCGGCAACGACGUCUUCCACAAGUUCUCCGCGUUCAUCAAGAACCCGGUGCCCGCGCAGGACGACGCCCUGUACCAGCAACUGUUGCGUGCCCUGGUCCGGCUGGACGGCUAUCUGCGCGCGCCCCGGGAGCACGAGCUGGAGCUCGAGCCGCAGCUGCGCGAAUCGCGCCGCCGCUUCCUGGAUGGCGACCGCCUCACGCUGGCUGACUGCGGGCUGCUGCCCAAGCUGCACAUCGUGGACACGGUGUGCGCGCACUUCCGUCAGGCGCCCAUCCCCGGCGAACUGCGCGGCGUCCGCCGCUACCUGGACAGCGCGCUGCAAGAAAAGGAGUUCAAGUACACGUGUCCGCACAGCGCGGAGAUCCUGGCGGCCUACCGACCGGCCGUGCGACCCCGCUAG